AAAAAAAAGUUGGAGUGAAAAAUUGACCACUGUCGCGUUUAUUCAUUUCUAGAGCAAUGAUUUAUGAGAGGAAAUUAUGAUCGGGGAAGAAAGGAAACGAGGAAUAAAAGAAAAGAGGGGGAGAAGGAAAAUAAAAUAAAUAUCGAGAAUAAAGUUAAAAAUGGAAUUGUUAAAAAUUUAUUUUUGUCAUGUCUGGUUAUAUUACUUGUUUUGUAGUUAUCAGAAAAAUAUUUUAAUCGACUCAACUAUGUAUAUAUAUAUAUAGAAGGCAAUUUUAACAUUUUUCGAAAUAUUAUUCCUUCGAUCGAAGAUUAAUUUUACUUUGAUAUGACAUUUAUGAUAUAAUAGUAAUUUAAUUCCACGUUUUUUUUUAUUUUUUUUUUUUUAUUUCGUGUCAUUUCGAUUUACAUAGAAGAAAAGAUCCACCGAAUCGACGCGUAAACGUAUUUGAGUGAAAAGAACUUAAUCUUGAAUAUUAAAUACGUAUCACUUUUGAAUACGAGAUAUUUUACGCGUCAAUUAUUUUUAUCUUCGAGAGGAAUCAAUAAUAACCAGAGGGAAAAAUUCCAGCCAUUAAAAAAACCGUUAAAGAAAUAAAUCGAGAUAUAUAAAGAAUAAUAAAUUUUUUUAUUAAUUUUCUAUAAAAAAAAAAAAAAGAAAAAUAAUCGUGUCUCAUUGCCAGCAAGGUUAAUAACUGCUAAUUAAUGCCAUUUCCGAUUGAUUAUACGUUUAAUUGAUGUAUCUGAUUGGAAUAUCGCAUGCGUUGUUAAUUGAAAAAUAUUAAUUCACGUCCCUCCAACGGCAACUAAUUAAUUAUUUACUUAUUACUCUGAUAAUUGAAUUUUCAAUUUCAACCAAAUAUCGAAGAAGGACCGUGUCGAAUUCCCAGCAAGGAAUUGCGAUACAUUCUCUCUCUAUUUACCAAUCUUCGACCAUGUCGAUUUAACUUGAAUUUCCGCGUAACAACUUUCGUGGCUUCGUUAAAAUGAUCGGAAAUAAAAUGAAUCCAAAUAUAAUUCAGCCGUUCUCCCUCCCUUGCUCGUUUCAAACUUCAAAAUCUAUCGAAUACUAAAAAAAAAAAAAAAAAAAAACAAAUCUGCUAAAAAGAUCUUGUAGACGUAAUAAAAUUAUCACUUGAUUUACAACGAGAAUUAACAAAUCGUUAAAGUUAAUAUUCCAACUAUUUAUCGAAAAUGGAGAUGGCGAAUUUCUCGAAAUCAACGCUUGGCAAUGCCGAAAAAAAAUCGAACCGUCUUUGUUUCCACGGCUCUCGAUGCGCUUCGCUCAGUUCACAGCUCGGAAAUUUAAUUUAUGAUCCUGUUGUUCUCUUUGUUCCCGCGGAACUGGUUUCGUAUCUCUGCGGUGAACGUUAUCCGUGAUGUAAUCAGAAAUUUUAUAAACGUAUUUCUAUAAAAUACAACCGCGCGAAAGAACGGAUUGAUCGAAGAGAAUCUCGUUAUUUAUGCCCUGUGAUAAGAGCUGGGUGCACGAUGUGCAUUAACCGAAAGGUUGUUUUGCAUAUUUCAGCACGCUUUAUCAUUUUUCGAUUCAUUUUUAUAUCCGUGGCAUUAAGUUCGCGGCAUUAAGAGAUUGGCUCAGUCUGUGUCGAGGCAGGGCAGAGAGUAGUAGCGGGACACAUCUCGUGGAAAAUGCAAUUGUGAGUCUGUUGAUAAUUACGUGUUUAUGGAAGGGAAGUAAUAGGCAAGAAGAUUUUCCAAGUUCGAGCGCGGAGAAAGAGGAUUCUCUGGAUUUUAAAUACGCUUCAAAUCUUUCUCAGAUUAGAUUUCUUCAUCUAUUUAUCUCGAUCACGGAAAGAAAAUAAGCAAAAACAGUGUUUGGAUACUUGUAUUUUUCUCAAUGUGAAAAAAAUAUUUCGAAAUGGGACUCUUUGGGGUUGCAAGAGAUUUCAAUCAAAAUAAUGAAAAAUAAAAUCCCCGUUAAAUCUUUUUAUAUUCGUCUUAAUGUACAGAUAAUUGUAGAAAGAAAAUGAGAAAUAGACAAUAAGACUGUUCGUCUACCUGAUCGUAGAAUCCCAACAAUCAAUCUUGUAUUUUCUUCCUUUUAAGUCCUCUUAAACUCGAAAUAAUAAUAAUAAUAAUAAUAAGAGAAUUGUCAGAACGAUAAAUCUGGUGCAAAGUCAGAAACGUUGACCAGAACCGAUGCGAAACGAAUUUUGCUCGAAAUGAAGGAGGAAUUGGAGAGUUCAGGAAGUGUGAAGUUGAGGGAUUACAUUGGAGGAGAAUGUACAAAGGGGAGACAAUUAUUGGAUGUAUAUGGCACGCUGAUACCAAUCACGGAGCUUUGAUGUCGUAUUCGGUGAAAUCGGAAGAAAGAUAGCAGCAACGGUUGACAGGAAGUUGAUAGGCGAAAUCCCACGCGAAAUUGGGCUUGGAAUAAAUUCGUGUUACCGACAUUUCACUGCGUGGGAGCCAACGUUCGACGGAAUUUCGAUUCAUCAUCAUCGUCGAACGGUUCAUUUGCUUAUAAAUUAAGAAAAGAAUCGAAAAAAAUUCAAAAAUUAAAACCGAACGAAGGAGGACGAGUUGCGGUACGAUUAAAGACGAAAGGAAUAUUUAACUUUUAAUAGAUUCAUCGUCGAACAGUUCAUUUGUUUAUAAAUUGAGAAAAGAAAAAAAUUCAAAAAUCGGGAACCGAACGAAGGAGGACGAGUGCGAUUAAAGACGAAAAGAAUAUUUAACUUUUAAUAGAAAUUGUUUCGUAAUCAUAAUUGUUCAAUUACAAGAAUAAUCUCGAUCAAUCAGUAUGGAUAUUAUUAUUAUUCUCGAUUAUACCAUCAAGAUGAACGUAAAAAAAAUAAAUAUUGACAUCAUCCGUUCGAAAUCGCUUCGAAACGACGCUCCAUAUGCAUUUUCGUGACACUUGGCACGCUCUGAUCGCUCCGUAUAAUCGGUGUCAACAGCAAUUCUUUCGACACGUGUCCAUCUCGUGGACAAUCAUAAAGGACGACUCACAUUAUAGAUUUACGUUCCGUGCGAGUUCGAUUCAUUGACUCUUGUGGGUAUAUCAAUAUAAAAGGCUACUACGUUUUAUUUCGAUAUUUAUUUCAUUUCGUGUGUUUUAUCGAUGAAGCUAAUAUUCCGAUAUUAGCUUCUGAAUUUUUUUCUUUCGAACUUUCUAUCUGAUAUAUAUCAUUCAUUCACUCGUUAACUUUCUGGGAUUAAAAAUUUCAAGAAUCCCGCAAAUUAUUUUUCUCCGCGAGGUUUUUGGUUUCAAUAAUCGAAGAGGUUUCGAUGAAGAAGAAAUGGAAGAGGAGAGAAAAAUAAAACUUUCUACGCGACGGCGUGUUCGUUGGUGGCGGCGCCACCAUCGGUCUAAAAAUCAUCGAAACAUGUAACUGGCCUUCGACGAGGAAGAAACGAGAUGAACAAUGGAUCAACGCACCCGCGAUAAAGAGAAUAAAGGUGAAAUAAAAGAAACGAGCGUUUGGAAUUAUCGAUUUUUUUGCUUGUGUACGACCCUCGCGGCCGGAAAUAACUUUCGCUCCUCCUUCCGAUAGAUAAACGGAGAAGGACGUGCUACUCGCUUUGUUAUCGACUACCGGACUGCUUGUUUUCCCUGCCAGACGGUUUUCCUGUCUGUACAAUAUUCAUUAUGCUCCCAGAUUGAUUGCAGAAGAUUUCGGGAAAGGGAUGCUUCGGAUCCAUUCUUGACUUUGUGCAAACUUUUAUAUUAUUUCAGGGAUUCGAGAAAAAUUGAAAUGUCUUGUGUCGAUCACUGUUUCGAUCUCUUCCUCGCGCUACUGAAUACGUACUCACGAUUACGUACUCUUUCUAUCGAAUCCAAUUUAAAUAUUUAUCGUCAUUUUCAAUCAACGUUCCUACGAAAUAUUUUCGGUUAAAUAUUUUAUUAUCAGCUUUUAUUCCCCUCCUCUCUCGAGACAUGUUCUUUCGAAUACAAGAUCGAGAAAAAAAAAGAGGAAAUUAUAAUUCACGGAGGUUAAAUAUUUAUCAUUGCUGUUUUCUUUUUUCUCUCUCUCUCUCCAUUCGAUUCUCGAGAAUUGACUCGCGAGUUGAAAGAGAACGUUGUUUCACCGCUGCACUUGGGAUGACAGAGGCGGUCGAUUUGAAAUAAUAAUCGAGCGUUUAACGGGUAAAUCGUUUUCCGCGCGCGGUUAAUCGCGGGGAGAGGAGGAGGGAGGAUGGAAAUUCCUGGAAAACCGUGGCGCGGAAACCGCAAGUUUAUUUGGAUGGGCGUGGACGCGCGGAGGGACCGGAAGUGGGGCUCCAUUGGCGUCACGAGUAUUCGCUCCCUCCCUCCUUCCCGCUCCUCCCUUUCACCGAGUACUUUCGCAUUUCUCGUCCAAAUUUCCUGCAGACCGGCCGCUUCCAAUGAUGUUUAAUUCAUUCGAUCCGUUUCCACGUGCACGAAAUAAUCGAUGACGGAAAAUAAAAUCUCGUACACGGGGGAAAUAUCGUGGAAGUUUUAAAUUUAUUUCCGAUUCGAAAGUGAAGAAGAAUUUCUCGAGUAUAAUUUAAGAAUUUCUUAAUUAAUUCUUUCUGGCAUCUGUGCGAAUCUAAUUUGAAUUAAUUUUUCUCCUUUUUUUUUUUUUUUUAUUUUAAAUAUAUUGACGAAUAUUUCUCUCCUAUUCAAUUUUCGUAGGAAUUUUUAGGAAUAAAUUUCGCGAAAUUAUAUAAAUAGAAAUGUGGGAUGGGAAAUGAAAAGAUAUUUUGGGAUAAAUAACGGGACAGAUAGGAGGAUCGACAGUCGAAUUAAAUUUACAUAUAGAAAAUCGUCGAGGAUUCGAAUCGUUUGUUGCACCGAAUUAUAAAAGAAAGGGAAAACGGUAUUUUUUUUCCAUCGAAUUUUUCGUGGAAGAUGGAAAGAGUUGGGAAUAAGAGAGAGAAAGAGAGAGAAAAGAUAUUUGAACGAAAGGUGAUGAAAUGUGAAAUUGAUUCGAAAAAACGAGAAAUAUCGAUAAUAUACGUAUGCGUGGGCGUGAAUUGUAGCGAAAAUACAAAGUCCACGUUUCAAAGUGGCAGCGGAUUCAAGAAUUGGUUUUCAGUCCAUGAGCGUGAAGAAGAUAUGAUUGAAGCGGACCAAAUGAGGAAUAAUUGGGAGGAAAAUUAUCUAUCCGUCUAUUGCGUCGGCUCAUUUAACGUUUCGAGAUAUCGCCGAAUGUACCAGCAAGGCGUGCAGAGUGUCACGUAGACUCCUGAUUCAAUCCUAAUUGCUGGUUUUUCAUCUCUCAUUUAUUCUUCUUAGAAAAUUUCCGUCAUUUAAUUAAACAUAAUGUGCAAUUAUGUUUUCAUAAAUAUUAAACAUAAAACGAAAAAUUCCCACCGAUAAAUAUGGAUCACCAUUUGCCAAUUUGAAAUUGGAGAUUUUUUUCAAAAAUUUUCAAAACGACGAUCUUUACGCAGAAGCAUAAAAACGUCGGUUUGAAAAAUUCUACGAAAUAAAAUAUUUCCUGUUCUUCUUUCUGUCUUUCCUUUUUCCUUUUUCCUAUAUGAUUUUCAACUCGUCGAAAAUUGAAAACAAACUCGUCGUCGAGUUCCAUAAUCGGGCAAGAAGGAGUACACGAAUUUUUCGUCUCUGGAUCUUCAAAAUAGGCAAUGCAUUUCGACGAAAGUACAGGUUGACUCAUUUCGAAUUAGAGGGUCGACAGAUUUGACUUGUUCGUGGACGAUGACUGUUCUAGGCCGAGAUUCGUGACCGAUGAUAUCAGUGGCCAGGAAAAGUGGCCAUUCAGUUUAUGGAAACGAUAUCGUUUCGUUCGAAUUCAAAUAUAAAUUUCUCGAGUAUUUCUUCUUCUUUUUUUUUUUUUUUUUAAAUUCUUCCACGAAAGACACUCUUCGUGACGAAAGACAAAACAGAAUCUAUGUAUAACUAUUGAAUAAGAAAAUGAAAAACAAGCGUUUCGAAUAUUUUCAAUACGGAAUAUUUUAUUCAUGCAUCUGGUCCAAUUUAUAUGUACAUAUAUGUAUAUAUAAAUAUAUGGUAGGAGAUUGAAAAAACAUUUCAUUAUGAAUAAAGAAGUAGUCUGGAUCAUGUUUUAUACGAAAGUUGAAACUUUGAUCUCUUUUUUGAUGGAAUUAUAUCUUCUCUUUUAUACUUUUUUCAAGUGAUGAAUUUCUUAUUUUUUAUGAAAAAUUAUUGUAAUAUACUUUAUACUAUAACGUACAAAAAAAAUAUAAUAAUAGUGCUAUUAAUAUUAUAGUAAUACUAUAAUACAUUAGAAAAGUAUUUGAUAUAAUGCUCGAAUAUAUUAAGUACACUUAAUAAGUAUUUCAGUCAUAUCAAGUAUAUCAAGUAUAAUUAUUUUUGUAAAAAAUAAAAUACUUUGAAGAUAAAAUUUUCUUUCACAAAAAUUUUAAGAAUUUUAUUUUUGUACGAUAAAAGAGCAAAGGAAUGUUUUGUUGCAUAUUUUCAAAAUAAAUUGUUUGACAAUGAUGAAUUCUCAGACAGAGGAAGAUGCAUUCGAGGUAUCUGCGUUUCCAAAAACCGUAACGAUGGUCAAGUGUAAUGCAAAUCAACGGGUUUGUAAGGAUGCAGAUGAAUCCGAAAAUAUAGUAUCCGAGAAAUAUUUUCUCUUCACUAUUAUUAUCCGCUCUGGCUAUGACUAAUAUUAAACGUUAGAAAUCGACUACUUCUUGGUAAGAUUUCUUUAGGGCGAUUUUUUAUGAAAGUUUGAUCACAUAAAAUUUUUGACAUCAAAGAAUGAAAUGAUAAAAAAUUCUUUUAAGCGCAGACAAUUUUAUAUAAAAUUUUUAACAAUCGGUAAAAGAAAAUUAUUCAAUUAGUUGAAAUAUUUUGAAACUUUUUUAUAUAAAGUUUCUUCAAAAUCUCGAUCCCUUUUUUUCAGAGUCAGAAAAAUCUAAGCUGGACGUAACUGAAUGGAUCGAUAUUUCAUUGUUGUGUAACGGAUGUGGUAAUAAUAAAACGUCACGAUCUUGAAAUAAACAUUGCAAGGACACUUAUCAUCAAUAAUUUUUGUUAAAGAGAUGAUUGGAGAAGGCGAUUGAUAACUGCUUUUAAUUUCUUUUUUUUUUCCCCCAAAUAUUAUCAAUUCGAGAAAUUGAUUCAUAUGAUAAUUAUCUUUUCACGUAUCGCUAUUCAUCGAUCUUAAAUCAAUUAUUCAUUACAUAUUUUCAUAUGAGUCAUAUUUCAUUAGUCAUUGAUUACAUUAACCGUUUAAUUUUUCAUUAAUGCUGUUCUCUUUGCAUUUGACCCGAAUGCAUCAUAAUUAUGCAUUCGUUAAAAAUCAUCCGAUUUAUUAUUCUCACAUCCUCUGGUGAUUCAUGAAUUUACGGUAAAAAAUAAUAUCAUAGAAGAAUUGUAAAACCUCUUCGAAUUCUUUCAUAAAUAUCAUCAUCACGAAAUAUCGUGUAUCUUUGAACUAAAAUUGAAAUUAAUUUAAAUGUUAAUGAUAACAGCUAACAAGAUGUUUCGAAUAAAAUCGAUAAAAAAAAUCAUAACGGUAUUAAGUUUCAAAUUUAAAUAUUCAGAAAAGCGUCACAACGUUCUCUUCUUCCCAGAGAAAUCACCGAUACGUACCGAUACGUAUUAAUUUAAACUUAAAAAUAUUUUCAAUAGUUCCAAUUACUGAGAAAAAUGAUGCUUUAUAUAUUUCUUUGUCACCAUCCAACCUAUCCAAUAGAAUCACAUUAAAUGUUUCAACAAAUUCCACGAAUAAACAAUUUCCACAAUUGGAUCACAUUAGAAACAUAUGUGUAUUGAAUUACACGACAAAAGCGUUGAGUAACGGUUGAUCCGAAUUCACUUACCUAAUCCCAGAGCCUAAUUAUAGUCGCAACAUCCCUCAAUGACACAUAACGCUAUAUAACACGAAUAUAGAACCGUGACAAAGCUUCGAAUUGAAAAGAAAGAGAGAAAGACAGAAAAAAAAGAGAAAGAAACGUCGCUGGAUCGACGUUUAAUUCCAUUCAGAUGAUUUAUGACUAAACUGUCGCGUGGUACCAAUAAAUACCGGGAUCGUUCGGGUCGAAAGGGUUAAACUCCGUCCCAACUGCAAUCCCGUCCAAACGUUCCUCCUCGUCGAAUUCUCGUUACCCAUUAUUCGCGAUUUCCGGCUGGCGCGCGAGACAGAGAGAGAGAGACAUAGAUAGAUUCGCACCACACUGUUCCCCCACCACGGCGGCCAACAAACACAGAAGUUUGGCCCAGAUAAAAAGGCUGGCGGCCCCGAAGCGGGCACGUAGACCACGCUUAGCAGUCGAGCGACGUCAGCGCGUAGAGCGGACGUGCUCAGAGGCACAACUGUUACGACUCGUGCGUACUUUGACACACGUGUGCAUCCACUCGUCGUUACGCGCGUCCAUUCCACUGGAGUGAAAAUUCAGAGAGAUUUUGCGGGCGAAACGUUUGGAUAACGACUUUUCGUCCAGCAUUCUGAAGCGAAGGAAACGGUGUGGGCGACGAAAACACGCUACUCGUCCGUUGGUGUUUGUCUUAGAAAGUGUGUUGGGGACGGGAGGAAGGAGGGAAGGAGGGAGGGGAAGGGACUGGUGGGGAGAGGUGAAAGUGAGAGGAUUUUAGUUUUUUCUUCGUCUUAGUUGAAGAGGUUUCGUUCCCCGGUUAGGGAAGUUGACAGAAGUUGUGUCGAGGAUACCGGUCGAGUGUCGUGGAUACUUGUGACGAGAGAGAAGAGGAAAGAUGGUACAGCAGGCGGACGCUGAAUUCGCAACCGGAAACCUGGACGAGUACACGAGGUACUUCAAUUACUUGAGGACCCUGGCGGAUCUCACGGCCAUGGCCAGCAUCAUUGCUGUUCAGUUCAAGCGUAUGCUGAACAAAGAGCUGUCCCAUUUCUCAGAAUCCUCGAAAUCCGGCAACCAGAUAUCGGAAUACAUAUGCAGUACCUUCCUUGACAAGCAACAAGAGUUGGAUCUACCCUCCCUGCGGAUCGAGGAUGCGGUUGCAGCAGCCGGAAGUACGGAUGCGAGGGCGGCGAAGAAGAAGGACCGGGCCCAAAGAGGCCCGGCCGCGAUGUCCCACAUAAGCGGUGUGAAGCGACCCCUCACGCACACAAACAGCUUCACCGGGGAACGUGUACCGCUUCACGGCGUGGAGACACCCCACGAGGAGGAGCUCGGCAAGCUUCUCUCAGACAUCGACAAAUGGGGCAUCGAUAUCUUCAGGAUAGGCGAAUUAAGCAACAACAGACCGCUGACCUGCGUCGCCUACACAGCCUUCCAGACCCGGGAUUUGCUCAAAUCGCUGGCCAUACCGCCCAAGACCUUUGUGACCUUUAUGAUGACCCUCGAGGAUCACUACGUCAAAGACAAUCCCUUCCACAAUAGCCUGCAUGCCGCCGAUGUGACCCAAUCUACUCACACUCUGCUCAACACACCCGCACUCGAGUCCGUGUUCACGCCGUUGGAAAUCACAGCCGCUCUGUUCGCAGCCACCAUUCACGACGUGGACCAUCCUGGACUCACCAACCAGUUCCUUAUAAAUUCGAGCUCCGAGCUCGCCCUAAUGUACAAUGACGAGUCCGUUCUGGAGAACCACCACCUGGCAGUGGCGUUCAAGUUGCUUCAGAACGAAGGCUGCGACAUUUUCGUCAACAUGACGAAGAAGCAACGCCAGACACUUAGGAAGAUGGUAAUCGACAUGGUCCUAUCCACGGAUAUGUCCAAGCACAUGUCUCUGUUGGCUGAUCUGAAGACCAUGGUCGAAACGAAGAAGGUGGCCGGUUCUGGCGUGCUUCUCUUAGACAACUACACCGACCGAAUCCAGGUCCUGGAGAACCUGGUGCACUGCGCCGACCUGUCCAAUCCCACGAAACCUUUGCCUCUCUAUCGGCGAUGGGUGGGUCUGUUGAUGGAGGAAUUCUUCCUUCAAGGAGAUCGGGAACGCGAGCAGAACAUGGAUAUAAGCCCGAUGUGCGACAGGCACAGUGCCACUAUCGAGAAGUCGCAGGUCGGCUUCAUAGAUUAUAUCGUGCACCCUCUCUGGGAGACCUGGGCCGACCUGGUACACCCGGAUGCCCAGGAUAUCCUGGAUACGUUAGAGGAGAAUCGAGACUGGUAUCAAUCCAUGAUUCCUCCGUCGCCACCAUCCGAUGAUCAACAGCAACAGCAGCAAGGGAACGAGCAGCAAUCCGAUAGAAUACACUUCCAGGUGACACUGGAAGAAGGCGACGAGACAGGUGAAACGACGGAAAUCGGGGACACGGGUGGAGCUGCGAAAACGAUCCUGCCGAGCGAGGAAGGGGGCGGUGAGACGGAUGAGAACGCGGCAGAGGCUGGGAUGUGACGGAGGCUCGCGGGUAUUUGCAGAAAGCUCCACGAGAAGGUGCAGCAGACCUGGUGGCGUGUGCGUCAGUGACAGUCAACUCGCUGCCGCUGGCCAGGUCUCUUUGUGUCGACCUAUUGACCUUUUGGCCAAGCUCUCCACUCCCCGGAACGGUGGAAGGUUGUCUCGUCUCAGAACAGAAGGACGGAAAAAGAGAGAGUGAAAGAGAGAAAAGAGGAAAGAGAAAUGAAUGAAUGGAACGUCUAGUCGCCGCUAGUUCAGACUACCUCUGGAACAAAUGGGAAGGUCUUUUCUGACGCGUCAUCAACAAGCGGGAAAACCAGCUCGGAGGAGAAUGUCCGGAAGAAGUAGAAGAAGAAGAAGAAGAAGAAGGGCUGCCCAUUCGACGCGAUCGUUCGCUCCAAAGCUGACGCGGGCCUCGGCAACGAGCGGCGAUCAUUUAAUCGCUGCGUCUCGGCUGGUUCGAGGCGUAACGACAGCGUCAUCUACGAUGGACCAUCCUCGACAGAGACAGAGAAAGUAGCAUCGUCGUUGUUACCAUUGUCGCUUCUCUCCCACCCACUUGUUGUCGUUCGAUCGCCCCCCCUCAGAUUGGCGCGUACCUGGCUCGAACGGAGGGCACGAAUCUCUUCACCAAGUACCUGUAUAUUACCAAGGCGGACCUGUAAAGAUGAUCGUCUUUGCACGGGUCUUCCUUAAUUACUAUAUAAUAUAGAAUGAGAAAGUGUGAAAAUGCGACUCGAGGGAAAAAAAAAAAAAAAAGAAAAAGAAAAAGAAACGCAAGAAAGUCUCAUCUCGCCUCAGUGAUAGGAUCCUAUCUUGACAUAUCAAUUACACGGUACAAACGGCCCCAGGCCGUAAAUACUUCAACGAUUCGGAGGAUCUUUCGCGCAGCCAGCUGACCCUCGGUUGAUCAACGAUUGGCCGAAAUUUUUGCAGGCCAAUCGAAGAGAAUGUGUCGAGAAAGAAGGAAAAGUUGGAUCGUCGUCUCUUCGUCUCCAUAAUGCUAUGGCGAGAGCAAGAAGAAGAAAGAAGGCACGAAGUUGGAACACGUGGAAAAAGGAUUGGGAAGAGUGAUCGAUGAGGAGGGUCAGGGGUUGGAUGCCGACCAGAAGAAGACAGCUAGAGUAAACAGUAGCCGUCAGCGCUUUCUACGUUCAUCCUUGGUUCUCCGAUGAUUGCCAUCUUGACAACUACCUAAUAUCGUCUAGAACUAAGCCUAUCCCUAAUCGUAAGACUUUCGUAAUCAUGCUCGCCGACUAGAGAGCUUAGUAGAGGAUGUUAUAACAAAUGGGUACGAAGAAUCGGGAGGAAUCGCGUUUGUAAAUAUUGAUGAACGUGAUAGAUGACGCCACUGGGCGGAUGAAUGGUUAAUUUUAAUAUUAGAAGGCUGGCCUUUCCUUUGAGUUUAUAUUAAAAUUACGGUAGGUUCUGAAGCUUUGUUUUCGCAUUCAUACCAGACACAGACACACGUACGCAUGGACACAGACACAUGCACUACACACACACACACACACACAUACACGCGAUCGUUUUUAACCAAAGAGUAAUGUUAGUCACUACGUCGUUCGGGUAACGAACAGAACGGAAAGAUCGAACUUCGAAUUUUUUCUUCUUCAUCCUGAAUAAACAAAGAAUUUGAAAAAGAUGAUAUAUAUAUAUAUAUAUAUCAUAAUCGAAAAAACACACGAUGCGAACAAACAGCGAGAAAUCAUCGCGCGUUCCGGCUUUUCUAGCGAUGGUAGAUUAUUUUAGGGAACUUAAACGAGGCGGAGAAUUAAUUAGUUAGGUUUCUUGCAGUUCGAUGUGUUAAAGAAACGAGACUACGAACCAAAAAAAAGAAAACAAAAAUGAAAAAAUACCGAGAAAAUGUUGAGAAAAAAAAAUCAGAGACAAUGAAGUAACGAAGUACUCUCUCGCUUGGAUGUCUGUGAAUCGCUCAAAUUUAAAGGAUCGACGCUCGAGCAUUAGCCGGAAAAAUCUCGAUAAUCGAGCAUCGAUUCUUCGUCGCACUCUUUCUCGAAGCACAUUCAUCGAAAUUCACCCUAAUAUAUUCUUUGUAAAUUCCCAUCGGAUCUUGCGUUUUUCUACGAUGCUUUUUAUUUUCCUUUUUUAUACAAUUAACUAAUAAUGAAUAAGAGAGAGAGAGAGAGAGAGAGAGAGAGAGAGAGAGAGACAGAGACAGAGACAGAGACGUUCUCUCUCCAAAGAACGUAUUCGACUCGACGACUCUAAGAAAACGGUUCCCUCUAAGCGAAACAAAAUGGCCGACGCGCGUGAGUUGCUCGAGAAAGAGGCGAAACCAGUCUAUCUGUGUCCGUAGGCAGUGAAUCUAGUGAGUGUUUUUGGUGCUGGCCACCAAGCUUAGAUCAUUAAGAAUAAUUUACGUAAGGCUACGAGUACACGACUAGAUAUUAAGCUGAGAAAUUAAUCUAUAAACGAAAAAAAAAAAAAAAAAAAAGGAAAAAAAAGCAAGGAAAAGUUUAAAAAAAAAAGAAAUACGUAAGAAUAAUAAAAAAAAAAAAACAAGCGAAUCUUCUUUAGGGCGUAAGCGACCAGAUAAUUAAUGAUAAUUAAACGUUUAACCGCGAAAAAGACGAUAUGAAUUAAAACGAACUGACAUGACGCUGUUCCAUUUUGGGAUCCCUUGAAGAAUUCCGCUCGAAAAUACAAAUUUGAACGCGAAGAAGAUCCAAGAAGUUCGAGCUAGAACGACGUCGAUCGAACGACGGGAAAAAGUAAAAAGAAAAAGAAAAAGAAAAAAAAAAAGAAGAAAAAAAAGGUAAAAAAAUAUGUAUGAUUUUCUUUUCUCCUUUUUAUCCGUUUGUCUUGUGCCCUGAUAUCAUUAUAUAGAUUUAAUUCCAAGAUUUUCUUUAUACGAUACGAUUCUAUCUACGAUUGUUUUCUUUUUUUUUCUUUUACCCCUCCUCCCUUGAUUUCAGUUGAACUGAAUCUAUGAUAUAUCGCAAGCUUCCUCUCGUGACUAAUGUUUUAACGUGUAUCACAAGUUGUAACCGAGAUGAUGAUUUUCAUGAGAUGACUAUGUGUGCAAUUUUAUUGUAUAUUUAAGAAUUAUUAUCGAUCGAAAUGACAAUGGUGAUGACGAUGACGUGUAUCAAGCGACAUGGUCACGAUGAUAAGACGCUCAUGAUUGCGAGAGGUAACAGAGGAAUUAAAGAGAAAAAAGAAAAAAAAAGAAAAAAAAAGAUGAAAUGAAAAAUGAAUACAACGUGUUUGAUUGCUGGACAGUUAAAUGAACAAUGUAUUAAUAUCGUGUAACCCUCGUACGAGAUAUAUGUGUAAUAAAACAUAUUUAUUGUCGGAA